GAGUUGUUAUUUAUGAAAUACUCCAUAUCUUAAUGAAAUACUAAUAUUUUUCACUACAAAAAAGGCAUAUGAUCCGAUUUAUAAGACAUAUAAUUCGGAUUUAUUCAAUGCUACACUUGUUCGUACAUCCUAAACUCAAGGAAAUAACUCAACUUUCUUCAGUCAACAUCUCUCAUAUCAUCAAUCUUCUUACAUAUCUCUUCCCCUAUCGUUCUCUCUCUUAUCCACAAUGCCAAGCAAGCUCAAGAAGGCCAUUGCUGUCGUGAAAGACCAAACCAGCAUCAGCCUCGCCAAGGUCUCAAGCAAGGACUCCGCCAACCUCGAGGUCGCGAUACUCAAGGCCACGAGCCAUGAGGAUGUCCCCAUCAACGACAAGUACGCCUAUGAGGUCCUUCGGCUCGUGUCCUCCAACAAGAUCCACGCGGCAGCCUGUGCACGUGCCAUCGGCAAGCGCAUAGGCCGCACGCGCAACUGGAUCGUCGCCCUGAAAUCCCUGAUGCUUGUCCUCAGGAUCUUCCAGGACGGCGACCCUUAUUUCCCGCGCGAGGUCCUCCAUGCGAUGAGGCGCGGUGCUAAGAUCCUCAACCUCUCGAGCUUCCGCGACGACUCCAACUCGAGCCCGUGGGACUACACCUCCUUCGUCCGCACCUUCGCCCUCUACCUCGACGAGCGCCUCGAGUGCUUCCUCACGGGGAAGCUCCAGUGCCGCCAGGCGCUAGAUGGGGCCGCUGAGGCCUCCUCGGUCUUCCAGCGGAGCCGGAGCAAGAUCAUCAGCGCGGCCGAGCCGGUCCGGGACAUGAAGCCCGCGAUGCUCCUCGACAAGAUGUCGUAUUGGCAGCGACUUCUUGAUCGAGCCCUGGCUACACGGCCGACAGGGUGCGCUAAAGAGAACCGGCUCGUCCACGUGGCGCUCUACGCCGUGCUUAAGGAAAGUUUCGAUCUUUACAAAGAUAUAUCCGAAGGGCUUUCCCUCAUUCUUGAUAGCUUCUUCCAUUUGCAAUACCAAAAUUGUGUCUUAGCAUUCCAAACAUGUAUCAAAGCUGUGAAGCAAUUUGAAGAAGUCUCUUCUUUCUUCAGCCUUUGCAAAAGCUUAGGCAUCGGAAGAACCUCCGAGUAUCCGAUCAUACAAGCGAUCUCUGACGAAUUGAUUGAAUCUCUUCAAGAAUUCAUGAAAGAUAAAUCCUCGUUCACCAACAAGCCGAUGGUCCCUAACCAUAUGGCCGCCCCAGCGCCUCCGGCACCCGCGCCGUUGCGGACUAGGUCGGCCCGGGGCCAGAGCUACGGCGCGCAGUCGGACUUCUCGGUAACGACGGACGGCUUCUCGGACGAGGGCUCCGAGGCCGGGUCACACGCACCGAGCGCCUCAAUUGAUGACCUAAUCCGGGGGGCCGGGACGUGGAAGAGCCGUGGAAUCUCGAUUGAUCUCGAGGCGUAUUCGUCGUUCAAGCCAGACGAUGCGUUUGGGGUGAGCGACUCUGGCUCUAGCCGAUCGCUGCCGGUGACGAGCUCCGGCCUCGAUAUGAUGUCGGUCGACGACUGGUCAACGGAGGACGAGGACGAAGACGAGGACCGGAAUAAGGGCCGCCGGCGGAGGGAGAAAUUGGGGACAUUGCUAUCGAAGAACUGGGAAACUGUGCUAGCUGAAUCAGCACAAGCACCACCGGCGGGGAUGACGCCGAUGCCUCUUAUCGACAUUAACUCAAACACCUUCUGUGCAUAUUCUGAAAACUCGCCGUUAGCGACGGGGGUCGAGCAGGAUUUCGUCCUAUUUGAGGUGGCGGGGUCGGAACCGCAAACGCCGGCUAGUCAGCACUACAAUCCGUUUCUAGAGGACAUGACGGAAAUGGCGGAAGCGGCGGCGACUCCGACGUUUCAAGCGACGCCGACGUUUUCUGCGGAGAAUCCGAAUGUGGGUUUGAUUGAAGAUGAUCCUUUUGAUUCUUGGGCUGAUUUUCCCGGCGCUCAAGGUGCCGGCGCCGGUGACGGCGGGGAUGAGCAGAAUUUGAAGGAGCAGCAAGAGCUGUGGCUGCAAAAUCAGAACAAGAUUUUAGAUAAGAAUUGUUAGGUUAGUUAUUAUGUAGUGUGGAUUAUUUGUCAUAUGUAAUUUCCGUUUUACAAAAUUUUAGU